UCGAAGCUAUCAAAAACAAAUCACAUUACACACGCUAGUCUCCGAAAGAGAAGAAAAGAAGGAAAUGGAUUUGAGGUUGAUGGGUUUGGACGCUCCAUUACUCCAGACUCUGCAACACAUGAUGGAUAUGUCAGAUGACACUGAGAAGAGCUCUCAUGCUCCCACCAGAGCAUACGUGCGCGAUGCAAAGGCAAUGGCGGCUACUCCUGCUGACGUCAAGGAGUACCCCAACUCUUACGUGUUCGUGAUCGACAUGCCCGGGUUGAAAUCUGGGGACAUCAAGGUUCAGGUCGAAGACGACAACGUGCUUCUUAUAAGCGGUGAGAGGAAGAGGGAAGAAGAGAAAGAAGGGUCUAAGUAUUUGAGGAUGGAGAGAAGGGUUGGUAAGUUCAUGCGCAAGUUUGUGCUUCCUGAGAAUGCUAACACUGAUGCCAUCUCUGCUACCUGCCAAGACGGUGUGCUUACUGUUACUGUUAACAAGUUGCCUCCACCUGAGCCUAAGAAGCCCAAGACUGUUGAGGUUAAGGUUGCUUGAGAUUGUGGAAUUUGAAUUACACUGCAACCAACGUGAGCAGAGAAGCUAUCUCUGGUUUCGUGUUUUGUUUUUGUGGCAUUGUUUUUUUUCCUUUCCUUCCAUGCCUUUGGUUGUAGUACGAUCUCUGAUAUAAUGCAUACUUUGUUAUGAAUUUUACUUUA